AUGGAGUCUCACGAGCAAAGGGUAACGCAAAGCAGGAGUGUUGACUCACAAGAACCAACUAAUAAGGAAACAACAGAGAAGAGAAGAAAAGGGGAUCAGAUUGAGCAAGAAUCAGCAGAGAUUAAUGCCCAGUUAUACCAAAGCAUUUACUUAAAAAUGUGGAAAUAUGAGCCCGAACCAAGUAAACGUACAGGAAUGUCUUUAUCUCUCGAUCGUUACAGAGACUUAAAAUUGACUCAAGUAAUUUCAAAGGUAAAGAUACCAGUGAUGUCAAGUUUGGGAUUAAUUCAAGCUGAUUUUGAAAAUAAACAUUUCAGAAAUUUUGUUGCGAAAUCUACUCCAAUAGCCACUAAGAGCUUAUGUAUAUACAGAAUGAGAAGGGAGAAGAAGCUCAGGAAUUUGAAUUUACUUUUCAAUUGUUUAAUAACUACACCUAAAAUGAUUCUAAUACAUCAGCUCAGAAACAUCAGCCUAAAGCAGUUGAAGAGAUUGUUUGCUUCGUGCAAACAUAGUGAUUCUCUUAGGUUCGUUCAUUGUACAUUCUCUCUCCCAAGUGAUCUUGACUUUUCAGAUUGAUUUAGAGGAACAACCCUUAUGCAACUAAAUUUUAAUUCCUGAACAAUGGUCAACCAGAAUGACACAGAUGAAAAAUUUCAUGAGCUUGAAAGCCUCAUUUCAGGAUUAGCAAAAUCCCCUGAUCUUAAGAAGAGCCUUGAGUUGGUCAAAAUCCACAGUUCAAGACAUUCUAGCAAGCUCUGUGAGCUAACCCUGGCAAAAUAUGGAUUUCCUCCUACAUAAAUUGAUCAAAAUCUAUACUUUCCGGACCUAUCUUGCUGUUCUGUUAGAAGAGGGAUAGGAUCAUUGAAGCACUUCUAAGCUCCAAAUAUGUCAGAAUGAAAUCAUAAAUGAUCAACUUUGGUUUGCAUAUCUUCAAACUCUUUAAUAAAUCAUGCCUCCAAACCUUCUGAAUAAAUUUUAUACUGUAGACAGAUUUCUUUAGACUGAUAAUAAAGUCAUUCAAAUUCCAAGUAAACUUUUAGUCAUGCUCCUUGCCUGGCGCAAUUACAGGAUUGAUUAACCACUUUAUGGUCUUCGUUAUGAACGGAUAGCUAAAACUCUCUGGAUAUGACAAGUGAGCCCAGACAAGCCUCGGAGUUUCUCCUCUGUUUGGAUGAACCAAAACUGUAAGCAACACAAAGCUAGUAGAAGAUUUAGUUUGCCAUUAAGCUUUUGGGUUUCAUGGACCCAUCACUGUAUUAGAUAGUGCUAAAAGUUGAACUGCCUCUCACAGAGAAUUGUACUAUCCAAUUGCGCGAGCACUGAGUCCUGGGAUAGUUAUUUAUUUUAACGACCAAAGUUGGGUGUUCAUAACUCAUGCCGCCUCAGAGUCUGUCCACUAUUUGUCUUGUGAUAUACUAUUGAGAGCAGAUAGGAUGCCAAUGUUGAAAUACAAAUUUUAUACACCUUCAAAUGAAGUUUAUAAGGAAAUACCAGAAGAGGACUUUUGCUGCAGAACAACUGGGAGCACAUUCACAUUUAAAGUCAAUAUCUCCCCCAAAAGCUAGAGCUUUGAAGCUAUUGAUUUUGCAUUGGGAGAUAAGAGUUAGAAGUUUUGUCCAGGCUCAGGUCCCAUGUCAAAAUCUCUUGGCACAAAAUGACUGUUAAACAACCAUUAAGUUCAAUUCUUAAGAUACUUUACUUAGGCAUGCCAUUAAAAAGUCUGUAUGAGAAACAGUUUUGGACAAAAAGACCCGAU